GGCAGCCUCUUCGUCCCUUUUUGGUUCCUGAAAAAUAAUUCAUUCCAUUGUCAGCAAAGUUUCAUGUCAGAUUUGAGAACCUGCUGAAACAUGUUAAAACAUGUCCCUGUAGCCUUUGUAUAAUAGCCUGGUUACCUUAUAGGUUAAUCAAUGAUAUGUGAUUAGCAGUUGCAGAAUGAUUUCCAGGCCGGUGAAUAUGGGAAUUAUGAUCAUCUCUGGGUCCUCAUGCCUUCCUUCUUCUCUAGGUCUUCUUUCUAAGGACCCUUUCUGCCUUCCUGAGGAAAAGACAGAGGCAGAAAAGAUGGUAACUGACUGUCUGACAAAUUUUUCUCAGGACUCAGUUACCUUUGCUGAUGUGGCUGUGAACUUCACCCAAGAGGAGUGGAGUUUACUGGACCCAACUCAGAAAAGUCUAUACAGAGAUGUGAUGUUGGAGAACUACAAGAACCUGACCACAGUAGGGUAUCAGUUGUUCAAACCCAAUCUGAUCUCUCAGUUGGAAGAAGAAGAUUUGAGAAUAGUGGAGAGUGGAGUCUUCCAAGAAUGCAAAUUGCAACUUAAAACCAGAGACUCAACAACUCAGCAGGAUAUUUUUGGUGAAAAAACAGCCAAUAGGCUAGAAAUGGAGAGAAUCCACAAUGGGUGGGAACUCUAUGAUUGUGAGCAAUGUGGGAAAGUCUUCAGUGAACAUUCAUGUCUUAAGACCCAGAAGAGUACUCAAAAUGGAGGGAACACUUAUGAGGAUAAUCAAUAUGGAAAAAGCUUGCUUACCCUACACAAGAAAACCUCUACUAGGGAGAAAUUUUCCAUGUUUAAUCAUUGGGGAAAAAAGAUCAGCGUGACUCCAGAUAUUGUGUACUGGAAAACUAGCAUGCAAGAGAAAUCCUUGGAAUGCAGUGACAGUGGGAAAGGCUUUGUUAAUCAGUCUUACCUUCAGGCACCAAUGAGAAGUCACAAUGGAGAAAAACUCUAUGAAUGGAAGGAGAGUUCGAGAUGUUUUAUUCACUCCAGAAGCCUUGGUGUGCAUGUACAAACUCACACUGCUAACAGUCAUUACGAAUGUAAGGAAUGCAGAAAAUCCUUUGAACAGUCCACAUACCUUUACACACAUGUCCAAGUUCACACUGGAAGAAAACCCUUUAAAUGUAAGGAAUGUGGGAAGGCCUUCAUUAAGUCUUUUGAAUAUACUGAACAUAUAAAAAUUCACGCUGGAGAGAAGCCCUUUCUAUGUGAGGUAUGUGGAAAAUGCUUUAGAAAUUCUUCAUACCUUCAUGUUCACAGUAGAAUUGAAGCUGGAAUAGAACCCUACAAAUGUAAGGAAUGUGGAAAAGGCUUUAAACAUUCUUCGUACCUUAAAGUUCACAUGCGAACCCACACUGGAGAGAAACCCUAUGAAUGUAAGGAAUGUGGGAAAGCUUUUACUCAAUCCUCAGGCCUUACUGACCAUAUAAAAACUCAUACUGGAGAGAAACCUUUUAAAUGUGACACAUGUGGGAAAGCCUUUACUCUUUCCUCACAUCUUAAGAGACAUUUUAGAACUCAUACAGGAGAGAAACCCUAUGUAUGUAAGGAAUGUGGAAAAGGCUUUAAAACUUCUGGACCACUUAACAUUCACAUGCGAGCCCACACUGGAGAGAAACCCUAUGAAUGUAAAGAAUGUGGAAAAGGCUUUAAACAAUCUUCACACCUUAACAGUCACAUGCGAACUCAUACUGGAGAGAAACCCUAUGAAUGUAAGGAAUGUGGGAAAGCCUUCAUUCACUCUGCAGGCCUUACUGUACAUAUAAAAAGUCACACUAGAGAGAAACCUUUUAAAUGUGCCACAUGUGGAAAAGCCUUUGCUCUUUCCUCAGAUCUUAACAGUCAUUUUAGAACUCAUACUGGACAGAAGUGUUUUGAGUGUAAUAUAUGUGGGAAAGCAUUUAGCAGUUCUGCAUACAUUUUGAUUCACGCGCGUACUCACACUGGAGAGAAACCUUAUAAAUGUAAGGAAUGUGGGAAAGCCUUCAGUUUUCCCAAUUCCUUCCGGCGUCAUGAAACAACUCACCUGGAGAGAAAUCCUACCAAUGUAUGGAAUGUUGUCAGGCCCUCAGUAGUCCCAGUUCACCUCAAAGACAUGAAAAGGCCACACUGCAGAAAUGUUCUGCAAAUGUAAGGAAUGAGGGAAAGCUGCCAGGAUUUCCUCACAACCCAGCAUGUAAGGACUCACAGUGAGCCAUACUAUUAAGAAACAUGGAAAGCCCUUCACUGUUUCCUCAUUGAAAUAUGUGUUUCUUAUAUGAGAGAUCUUACAGUGGAGAGGAAAUCCAACUGAUGUAAGAUAUGUGGGAAAAUUGUUAUUUUGCUAAUGUUCACUUGUGAUCUCUCUUUGGAGAAAAACUUUAUGAAUGUCAUAAAUGUAGAGUCAUCGUCAUUUUCCAUUAGAUUGUUUCUCAUCCUUAAUAAACAUGGGGUGAUUCACAGUCAAGAGAAACUGAAUAUAGAAAAUACGGGAAAGGCUAUCCUAAGUGUGAAUCUUAGGGUCUUCUGAGAUGCAUAGCAUUCUUGGUGGUUCUAUAGAUCUAUUCUAAGCAUUUGUGAUUAGGCCCUGAACAUUCCUACGGAUGCUAUGUCUUUCUGCUGAUAGGC